AUGUUUUCACUAUUAUUGUCACCAUCAUCUUCACUAAUACCUGUAUUAAUUCUAUUGACUACUUGUUGUGAAUUUAAAUGCUUUGGCCAUAAAUUUGAUCUACAUUGUCAACAAAUUAGUGAUCAUAAUAUCCUGUUAAAUUGGAAAAAACCACAGUUUUAUUCAAAACCAUCUAUAUUUAUGACUGAAAAGAUUAGUCAUAAUCAAACUCGUUAUCAUGCAUUGAAACACACUGAAAGUUCUCUGAUUAUUAAUACCACUGAUACGUGUAAAUUAUACGAGUUUGAGUAUAUAAGUGUCGAAACAUUUACAGUAUUAAAUUUUGCAAAUUGUAAAUGUCAUUAUAGAAAUAACAGUAAAAUACAAAUUAAAGUGACUGGAAAAAAAGAUAAUGAGGUUAUUCUAUUCGCUCAUGAUCCAAACAGAGAUAUUUCAACGGGAAAUCAAAUAGGAAGUUUUGGAAUACCUACUCGUAUCACUUUUAGAGCACCCAAACUCUUCUUAGCUCCAAAAAUAUAUGCGAGAAUAAAAAUUAGAAAACUUACUCGAAAUGUGGUUUUAUUGACAUGGAAAGUGCGUAAAAUCGCCUUAAAAAAACCAUAUUUUAUGGUUAUUUUGCGUGAUUCACCAGCAAGCUCACUUAAAAUGUCAGUUCUUCAUAACCACAGAAAUAAUUUCAAGGCUAUGAAGAUCCCAUUCAAACGAAAAUAUCGAGUUAUUAUUUAUCAAUAUUUGGAUGGUAUGCCUGAUUGGCCAACAGUGAUAACUAUACGAAAUCGGUGUAAGCUACAUUCAUUAUAUUCAAAAUCGAAUAUUUGUUUAGAUUGUUCUUCUAAUUUACAUUAA